AUGGCAGCCUACGACAAGUACAAGUCGGAAUACAGCAGGAUUCGGAGGCUAACGUCCGACCUGGGCAGGAUUGUCUCGUCUGAAUAUGGCCUCACAGAGGAGCAGGUUGCAGAGUUUAAAGAAGCAUUCAUGCUCUUUGAUAAAGAUGAAGAUGGAGCUAUCACCAUGGCCGAGCUAGGUGUCGUCAUGCGAUCACUUGGUCAGAGACCUACAGAGACAGAAUUAAGAGAUAUGGUAAGCAAUGUUGAUCAAGAUGGAAAUGGUUCAAUUGAAUUCAAUGAAUUUCUUCAAAUGAUGUCAAAAAAAAUGAAAGGUGCUGAAGGUGAAGAUGAACUUCGAGAAGCAUUCAGAGUUUUUGACAAAAACAAUGAUGGAUUGAUUUCAAAUUCAGAACUAAGGCAUGUCAUGACAAACUUAGGAGAAAAAUUGUCGGAUGAAGAAGUGGAUGACAUGAUUAAAGAAGCAGAUCUUGAUGGUGAUGGAAUGGUCAAUUAUGCAGAGUUUGUAACAAUCUUGACUUCAAAGAAAUAA